GUAACUAACCUGCCACACACACGCACAGUCACACACACCGAAUAAAUUUGUUACCAAAAACAAGCAGAAUCGGAAUUGCCAAAAUCCAUUUCGCCGUUUCCCUCAUCUUCCUAUAUAUAUCCACUACGGCUGCCUUCAUUUUCUCUAAGCUCAUCUAACUAUUCCUACUCCUUCUUCUUCUUCUUCACCUACAGAGAGAGAAGGGAGAGAGAUACAUAAAAAGCUCAGCUCACAUUCUUUUGCUUUUUUUUUUAAAAAAAAAAUUUUCACUCACAGCAGCGAUCCAAUUGUCACCAUGGUUUCCAGUGAUACCGCUCGCACUGUGGUUGGAAUCAUCGGGAACGCCAUUGCCUUCUUCCUCUUCCUAUCUCCAGUGCCAACAUUCAUCCAGAUUUGCAAGAAGAAAUCCGUCCAGCAGUACUCGCCGGUGCCGUACCUGGCAACCUUCAUCAACUGCGCCCUCUGGGUCCUGUACGGACUUCCGGUGGUCCACCCGAACAGCCUCCUGGUGAUCACAAUCAACGGGACCGGGUUCGCCAUGGAGGUGGUCUACCUCGCCAUCUUCCUCACUUACUGCAACAGCAAACAGAGGAGGAUCAGGCUGGCCGUAAUCGUGGCGGUGGAACUCGUCUUCGUGGCGGCGCUUGCUCUUGGGGUUCUCACCUUGGCUCACACCACCAAAACCCGGUCCAACAUUGUCGGUUCCAUUUGCAUGGCCGGGAACAUCAUGAUGUAUGCUGCUCCCCUCUCCGUCAUGAAAAUGGUGAUCAAAACAAAGAGUGUGGAGUAUAUGCCAUUCUUCCUUUCACUGGCCUCUUUCGCUAAUGGAGUCAGCUGGACAGCUUAUGCUCUGUUCAAAUUCGACGUCUUCAUUUUUGCACCCAAUUCAGCUGGAGCCGUUCUUGGAUUGGUGCAGUUGCUGCUGUACGCAAUCUACUACAGAUCAACAAAGCGCAUCCUUGCUGAGAGAAGGGCCCAAGUUGAACUCGGCAUUGUGGAGAAGCCCAAUGGUGGUUCCCAACCUCAGCAUGUUUGAUCCUCCAAAGUCUAAAUUCCUAUCUUUUGGGGUUCAGCUUAGCAUAAAUCUGGAGAUGAAUUUCCUUUUCUAUCCGCCAUUUUAACUUUAGAAACUUUAAGAAGGGGGAUUGAGGAUAAUGCUUUAUUGAACUAUGUUCUCUCUGUUUUGCUGUUGGCAGUUUGCCUAUGGAUAUUUUACUGUGCUUUUUUUUGGGUGGGGG